AUGGCUGCCUUAUCGGGAGUUCCGCAGAUUCCUCACAGAUCCUCGUCCUGCUUGUUGUCGAUUUUGCUAUGGACAGCGGGGUCUCUCCUGUCUGUCAGGCCCUCUGUGUUCAGCUCGCCUCGGCACAGGGUAAGCAAGUCUAUGGAGAAGCUCACAGAAGAGAGGGGACUCCUCCUCAGGAGCCCUGCUUCAAAGGUCGGGCUUGGAAGGGAAGCAGUGGAACUCACCCCUACAGAGAUCAAAAGCUUGGACAUCAUCUCGAGUGCUGCGAAGAGGCUGGACUGGUAUGCUGCCAGGAAAUCUUGGGAAUCUUGCAAGGUCUUCAAGGCUCCGUUGUGUAAUGGAAUCAUGCAUGCAGCAUUUCGGUGCGGGAGGUUCAAGUACGGUGCCGAAGUGUACGCUGACAUGUGCGACGCCGGCACACAGCGAACUGCCAUUACGUACACCACAGCCGUCCGGCUCUUUACGCAAUUGAAAAACCAUGUGAAGGCCUUCUCUUUAUGGGAGGAUGCCAAGAACAGUACAAUGUCGACAUGGAUGCCAAGGCAGAAGUAUUUAUUUUUGAACGAAAUGGUAAAUGAUGCAGCAACUGCCGCUUAUCUAACACGAGUUUCUAUGUUUCUUGACGAGAUUUUGCAGGAGGGCAUGGCUAUCGAUGCCGGGACCUGGGGUGCUGCUUUGAAUGGCUGCAAGCUGGCCGCAAAGCCCAAAGUCGCAGUGUAUUUUUUGGGGCUAAUGGCACGGGGAAACAUAUCGGUUAACGAGGUUCACUUCAGAUGUGUGAUGGCUGCCUAUGCUGGCAGGCCAUGGCAGGAAGUAAACGCGAUAGCCUCGAGGGCGGCGCAACUGGGCAUCGACACCCUAGACAGAUUCUUCGUGGACGUUCAUGUAGCAUCACUGCUUGGAAGCCUCUCGCGGACAUCGAGGGUCAAAAGCCAAGCACAAGCUCGAAAGCUGGUCGAUGAUGCAAAGCCGGAGCAUCGCCGCGCCGCGCUGGAUGUGAUUUCCCAGGCCAAAGCUCAAGGCACCGACUUGCUCAGACUGACGAGGAUGGUGUAUCGUGCUUUGCAGGAGUGGCCUCAGCGUUUGAGAGGUGUUUGGUUCUUGAGUUGA